AUGGCGACUACUCGUUCGGCUGCGGCGAAUUCGGCAUCACAGGAAACUACUAGUCAUCAGCGUGUACAAGCAACACCGAUGACGGCAAGUGAUAUCAGCAGACCAAUGAAUCUCCAAAGAAUAUGUCAACGUAAAACGCAAGUUAAAAGUUAUCCAAGAACAAAGAAAUUGGAGAAAUUAGGAAUAUAUUCAUCGUGCAAGGCUGAAGAAUCAUGCAAAUGCAAUGGUUGGAAGAAUCCUAAUCCACCUCCAACGUCGCAACCAGCCAGAAUUGAUAUUGCCACUCCAUUGGCUAGUCUAAGUGAUCGUUGUAGAAGUUGUGGACAUCAGUUAGCUGCCCAUGUGUCACACCUAGAAAAUACACCAGAAGAUGAAAUAAAUAGGCUCUUAGGGAUUGUAGUUGAUGUGGAAAACUUAUUUUUAUGCGUACAUAAAGAAGAAGAUGCUGAUACAAAGCAGGUGUAUUUUUAUUUAUUUAAGUUACUAAGGAAAUGUAUCCUUCAACAAAGUAAGCCAUCUGUGGAAGGCCCGCUUGGAAGUCCACCGUUUGAGAAACCUAGCAUUGCCAAGGGAGUCACAAACUUUGUCCUGUACAAGUUUGGUCAUCUACCACAGAAAGAAUGGCAAACUAUGUAUGAUUUAGCCAAAAUGUUUUUACACUGUUUAAACCACUGGAACCUUGAAACUCCAACUGUAAGAAAGCAAAGGUCACAGUCUGAUGAUGUCUCACAAUAUAAAGUCAAUUAUACCAGGUGGCUGUGUUAUUGUCAUGUGCCGGCAUUCUGUGAUAGUUUACCAAGAUAUGAGACCACUCACAUAUUUGGAAGAACUUUGUUACGCUCAGUAUUCACUGUGAUGAGAAGACAACUACUUGAUAAGUUCAGGUCUGAAAAGGACAAGAUGCCCCCAGAGAAGAGGACUUUGGUAUUAACCCACUUUCCAAGUCAGUGCUCCUGUCCUAUCCCCUUUUAUUACUUGUGUCCAUAUACUGUGUUAACGCAAGGGUACCUUUUCUUUGACACAGCAAAUAAUCCCCCAGAUGGCAGCACAUUGUCAUUGGGCCGCAUAAACAUCACCACUCCAACCAUUGCGUCUUCCGUAUCAGUUGCUGGUAGUACUGGUGGUGUUACUCCAAGUGAUGUUACAUCCUUCAAUUUAAGUCCAAGUUUAAUUAACAGCCAGAGAAGUGACAAGCUAAGUCCACUAUCACCAUUGUCUGGUGAUGGAGGUGACAAAAGAAAAUUAGAAGUUCCACAAAGUAUAGAAGAUGCAAAGAGACAGCGGAUAGAGGGGGACAUACCAAUGGAAACAGUCACUGCAGUAUUAUCUACAAUAACAGACCCUUCAGCUAUGUUAGGACCAGAGGGCACUUUAUUUUCCGCCAAUGCUGCCAGAGACGAAACAGCUAGGAUGGAAGAAAAAAGGGGAGUAAUUGAAUUCCAUGUGAUUGGAAAUUCAUUAACACGGAAACCGUCAAAAGAUACAUUGAUAUGGUUGGUUGGCUUGCAGAAUGUCUUUUCACAUCAGUUACCCAGAAUGCCCAAGGAGUACAUCACCAGGCUUGUGUUUGAUCCAAAACACAAGACAUUAGCUUUGGUCAAAGACAACAGAGUAAUUGGUGGAAUAUGCUUUCGUAUGUUUCCAACACAAGGUUUCACUGAAAUCGUGUUCUGUGCUGUGACAUCUAAUGAACAAGUUAAGGGUUAUGGAACACAUCUGAUGAAUCAUCUGAAAGAUUACCAUGUCAAACAUGGUGUGUAUCACUUACUUACUUUUGCAGAUGAAUAUGCCAUUGGUUACUUUAAAAAACAGGGUUUCUCCAAGGACAUCAAGCUUCCAAAAUCCACCUAUAUGGGUUACAUUAAGGAUUAUGAAGGGGCUACCCUUAUGGGAUGUCAAAUCAAUCCCAGAAUUCCAUACACAGAGUUCACGCAUAUUAUUAGAAAACAGAAAGAGAUUGUGAAGAAAUUAAUAGAAAAGAAACAAGAACAGAUCCGUAAAGUGCAUGCUGGAUUAUUGUGCUUCAAGGAAGGAGUUCGGCAAAUACCAAUCGAAAAUAUCCCAGGAAUACGUGAAGCUGGUUGGAAAGCAAGCAAAGAAAGGGGAAGAGGCUGCAUAUUAACAGAGGAUCAACUUUACACAGCAUUUAAGACAAUAUUAACCCAAGUCAAGAAUCAUGCCAGCUCAUGGCCAUUUUUAAGGCCAGUAGAGAAGUCUGAAGCCCCAGACUAUUAUGACACAAUAUUUUAACCAAUUUCAGAUCUUAAGACCAUGACUGAAAGAUUAAAAAGUAGAUAUUAUGUAUCUAAGAAGUUGUUUAUAGCUGAUACACAGAGGAUAUUCAGUAAUUGCCGUGCUUAUAACGACCCUGAUACAGAGUACUGUAAAUGUGCUAAUACUUUGGAACGAUUCUUUUUCAAUAAACUCAAAGAAACAGGACUUGCAGACAAGUAAUGUGCAUUCCAUGUCUGCUUCAGCAUUUUAACAAGCUGUUACAAGAAGUGUUCACUCUCGCUUAAAUUCUAUCAAGUAAAUGUCCACCAUAGCAGAAUAUGGGAUUAAUAAUAUCAUAUUCUUGUAAACCAAGAGAACAAAAUACUAGACAACAAGGGAUGAUGUGGUUUUUGUUCAUAUUCUAUGUACAGUCAUAAAAUAAUUAUGUUGAAUGUGUAUGUUUUCAGCCAUGUACUUUGCAUUUAUUUGUCAUACCCACCAUGUACUAUCAUUCUUUAUCUCAUUCCAUGUAAUCUGCUUACCUGAUAUCACUUGUGCAAUAUUUAAUCUCAAUUAUGUUUUUAAAAAAAAAAUGAAAUUUAGUGACAUUUUAGUAACUCAAUAUGCCUUGUUUCAGUGAGCAGUCUUUAUA